UGAGGCCACACCUUUGCUUUUCCCUCAUUGGCUCAAAGGCUGCAUGUGGAGGGUGCAGUGUGUCUGCGUGCAUGCAUUCAAGGAGGAGCUCUCCAUGCUUAUUUAAGCCUUCUUAUUUAAAGGCUGCGUACAUUGCAACAUUAACAAAAGCCUUUUUCUUCUCUCUGCCUGAGGGUUUCAUUGCUAUUUAUAUAAGCCGUCCGGAAGACCAUUUCUACACAGCGGAAUGCUUCCUCCUCUGGAACAUGGAUGCUAGUAUGUAUCAGGUGUCUGCAGAGCUCCAGCCAGCCAACGCCAGCUGCAAUGUGUCUUCGCCGUGCCCGGAGCUGCCCACCUUCACCACCGCCGGCAAAAUCCGGGUGAUCGUCACCUUCAUCCUGUGUGGGGUGUCGGCCUUCUGCAACCUCGCCGUACUACGUGCGGCCUACACGGACAGCAAGCGCAAAUCUCACGUCCGGGUGCUGAUUGUCAACCUCACACUGGCCGACCUCCUGGUGACCUUUGUGGUGAUGCCCGUGGACGCGGCGUGGAACAUCACAGUGCAGUGGAUGGCGGGUGACCUCGCCUGCAGGCUCCUGAUGUUCCUCAAGCUCCUGGCCAUGUACUCGGGUGCCUUCGUCACCGUGGUGAUCAGCUUGGACCGCCAGUCAGCCAUUCUCCACCCGUUGGCCAUCAACGAGGCCCGGAGGAGGAACAGGUUUAUGCUGGCGGCGGCGUGGGGCAUGAGCGUCUUGCUGUCCGUCCCUCAGCUGUUCCUGUUCCACAACGUGACCAUCAAGCAUCCCGAAGAUUUCACGCAGUGCACCACUCGAGGAAGUUUCAGGAGCCACUGGCAUGAGACGGCGUACAACAUGUUCACCUUCUUUUGCCUUUUUCUGCUGCCACUGGUCAUCAUGAUCACAUGCUAUACCAGGAUCUUCUUUGAGAUCUCCAAGCGCCUGAAAAAGGACAACGUUUCCUCCAGUGAGGUACAGUUGCGCUGCUCCAAGAACAACAUCCCCAGAGCUCGCUUGAGGACUCUAAAGAUGAGCGUUGUGAUCGUGUUGUCCUUCAUUAUCUGCUGGACUCCUUACUACCUGUUGGGCCUGUGGUACUGGUUCUUCCCGGAUGACCUGGAAGGGAAGGUUUCCCACUCGCUCACCCACCUCCUCUUCAUCUUCGGCCUGGUCAAUGCCUGCCUGGACCCGCUCAUCUACGGCCUGUUCACCAUUCGCUUUCGCAAGGGUCUCCUCCGCAGGUUCCACUGUAGCUCCCAAGCUAUAGCAGACACGGACGCCAGUACGGUUAUAACUGGAUCUUUUGCCGGCACCGCCAACGCCGUGCUGCUGAAACAGGAGACGAACCCUUGCAGCCAGCAGACGUCCCCAGUGUGCGGCGAUAAUGACAGCGAAACGCCAGGAAGCUGCUUUCUAACAACAAGCAACGAUGCACAGAGACCUGGACACAGAUAUCUGGAGAGCAUUAUAUGAGGGGAAUCCAAAUGGGACAAUUGGGUAGUAUGACAUUAUGUAGUCAUGUUUCCGCACAGAAAUCUACAUAUACGUACGAUGUAUAGACAAUUGUAACACACAAAGCAAAGUCCAUAAAAGCCCAUUUGGUUAAGUUUGGUGUGGAAGAAGCCCAUCAAACACCUUUGGGAUGAACUAUGUUCUUGAUGAAUGGACAAAAACGCCAUUUGCAGGUGUCCCGAUACUUUUGCAUUGCAUCUGUGUAUAAAGUAUCCCUUGAUCAUACCACAUUUGUUUGAAGACUUGAGGUUUUGUGCUAAAACUGACUGCUAUUUGCGGCAACAACAAAAAAAAAAUGUUGCAAAGAUGGCCAAAAGGUUCAACCUUGGUUUCAUUGGUCCAUAAUACAUUUUCACACAUGCAUUUGGGAGAAGUGAGGUUUUUUUUGUCUUUGUAAGAUAAGGCUUCUGUCGAGCCAGCCUAUCCCAUAGCCCAGACAUGAAGAAGACGGUAGAUUGUUGUCACAUGUACUAAACAGCCAGUAAUUGGAGAGAAAUUCCUGACCAGUUUUCUUUUCAUCAAUUUUGGAGGGAUGUCCAGUUCUUGGUAAUGUGACUGUUGGGCCAUAUUUUCUCCACUUGAUGAUGACUGUCACCGUGUUCUAUGGCAUAUUUAAUGCCUUAGAAAUUAUGUUUUACUAUUCUCCUGACUGAUACCGUCGAACAAUGAGUGGAAGGUCUUUGCGAACCGUGGUUUGUGUUGUCAGAUGUGACUACAAAAAUGUCAGUAAAAGCCUACCAGAAAAGCUGACUUUAUUUGGGGUUAACCAAAGGCACUUUAAGUGGUGGCAGGUGUGUGCUGACUCCUAUUCAACAUGAGUUUGAAUUUGAUUGGUCAAUUCUGAACAAAGCCACAUCUUUGUUAUAAGAGGCAACCACAUUAUUCUCAGUUGUUUCUUUUUACUUUCCCUCGCUAAAAGAUUGGUUAUACAGGCUAUAGGUCACAUUAACGGUGGAAAAAGAUUUGAAAUGAUUUAUUUUGGUCUCAUUUGUAAAGGGGUAUGUAGACUUUUUGUAUCCACUGUAUACUGUAUUUACAUUUCGAAAAACAUUUUUAAUUGGAAAAAGAAAUUCGGGGGAAAAAAAGGUUUGAUGCUUGACAAGAAAUGUCAUAUACUGUGUUUUGAAUGUUCAAGUAUUCAAUCAGCGCCCCAUAAAAGGGGUGAGUUGGCCAAAAUAGCCACAUUACAGAAAUGAAUAGUUGACCACAUUGCUGUCACGAGCCAGUUAAAAAGGAUCUUGUUUGCCUGCCAAAAUGUAUGUUGUGGUAUUGUUCAUUAAAAGUGUUCAUUGUGA